CAUGACCGGGAACAAAUUAUGAUCACAAAUGUCUGGCUAACACAGAACUGGGUUGAUUACAGGUUGUCAUGGGAACCCUCAGACUUUGAUGGGAUUGACAAGCUCCGCAUUCCGUCCCGUCAUAUAUGGCUCCCAGAUAUUGUACUGUACAACAAUGCUGAUGGUAUCUAUGAGGUGACGGUCUUCACCAACGCCAUCGUCCUGUCCAACGGCACCAUCUUCUGGCUCCCACCAGCUAUCUAUAAGAGUGCCUGCAAGAUCGAGGUCAAACACUUCCCAUUCGACCAACAGAACUGCACCCUGAAGUUCCGCUCGUGGACCUAUGACCACACUGAGGUGGAUCUGGUCCUCAGGACAGGUGUGGCCAGUAUGGAUGACUUCACGCCCAGUGGAGAGUGGGACAUCUUGGCUUUACCCGGGAGACGUACUUUCUCCAGCUCAGAGCCCAUCUACGUGGAUGUGACCUACGACUUCCUGAUCAAAAGGAAGCCGUUGUUCUACACCAUAAAUCUGAUUAUCCCCUGUGUCCUCAUCACCUCUCUGGCUGUGUUGGUCUUCUACCUGCCCAGUGACUGUGGAGAGAAGAUCAGUCUGUGUGUCUCUGUACUGUUGGCCCUCACUGUGUUCCUGUUGCUGAUAUCUAAGAUCGUACCGCCAACCUCUCUGGACGUGCCCCUGAUCGGUAAAUACCUGAUGUUCACCAUGGUUCUCGUAACCUUCUCCAUCGUCACCAGUGUGUGUGUUCUGAACGUCCAUCACCGUUCCCCCAGCACACACACCAUGCCCCACUGGGUUAAAGUUUUGUUCCUGGACUGGCUGCCUGCCCUGCUGUGCAUGAGGCACCCCCAGAACAACUCGGCCAGACAGCGUCUCCGUCAGAGGAGACAGCAGUCGCUCCAGAAGACCAAGGAGGCUAGCCCAGGGAUGGACCCUGGCGUGGCCUCCUCUCCUUCCUCUUCACCAUUCCUCCUAUCUCCUGGGUCCUACUACCUCAGAAAAAGCUCUGACAUCAGUCACAGUCCUGACCUACAGGAAGCUGUAGAUGGGGUGCGAUACGUCGCUGACUACAUGAUUAGAGACGACGACAACAAGACUGUGAUUGAGGACUGGAAGUACGUGGCGAUGGUAUUGGAUCGUCUGUUCCUAUGGAUCUUUGCAGUAGGCUGUAUAGCCGGUACUCUUGGAAUCUUCCUCCAACCUUUCUUCCAGCAUCAGACCAUCUCAGCAGCCCCACCUCACCAAGGGACGUCAUCUUGAAGGAUUCCGUUGUUUAAAAAUAUAUAUAUUAUCCAUGUAAAACAAAUCAUGUCUAGCUUUAAAAGAGGACCCCACCACAUGAAAUGAUCUGAAGGACUUUACUGUCAACUGGCUAAUGCCGCUACUAUUCUUAGCUACAAUUUAUUACAGUAAUGAUGAGGUGUUUGGAGGUGUUAGAUAGUGUUUGUGUUAGAUAGAGCAGUGUCUGACUGCUGUCGGCUGAGGAAGAUGCUUUGAAUUGACUGUGUUCGGUAAAGAGAUGUUUUGUGAUGAUGGAUAGACUUUAAUGAACAACAUGGUAACAUCAUGCAUGUCCCCUAAACUAGAAAUGAACAACAUGGUUAACAUUAUGCAUGUCCCCUAAACUAGAAAUGAACAACAUGGUUAACAUUAUGCAUGUCCCCUAAACUAGAAAUGAACAACAUGGUUAACAUUAUGCAUGUCCCCUAAACUAGAAAUGAACAACAUGGUUGACAUUAUGCAUGUCCCCUAAACUAGAAAUGAACAACAUGGUUAACAUUAUGCAUGUCCCCUAAACUAGAAAUGAACAACAUGGUAACAUUAUGCAUGUCCCCUAAACUAGAAAUGAACAACAUGGUUGACAUUAUGCAUGUCCCCUAAACUAGAAAUGAACAACAUGGUUAACAUUAUGCAUGUCCCCUAAACUAGAAAUGAACAACAUGGUUAACAUUAUGCAUGUCCCCUAAACUAGAAAUGAACAACAUGGUUAACAUUAUGCAUGUCCCCUAAACUAGAAAUGAACAACAUGGUAACAUCAUGCAUGUCCCCUAAACUAGAAAUGAACAACAUGGUAACAUCAUGCAUGUCCCCUAAACUAGAAAUGAACAACAUGGUUAACAUUAUGCAUGUCCCCUAAACUAGAAAUGAACAACAUGGUAACAUCAUGCAUGUCCCUUAAACUAGAAAUGAACAACAUGGUAACAUCAUGCAUGUCCCCUAAACUGAAUGUCACAAACUGAGAAAAUAUAUGAAGUGUGCUGCCACCCUCUGCCAAUGUUAUGAAUUUAAAGUGAUGUCGUAAAGUAGGCUACUCAACAACACGCUGAAUGGAUGAUUGGUUUGAACAUUCGCAGGUUCUUAUUAUGAGGCGUGUUGUGAUCUCUCAAUUUUUAAUCCUCUGUGCUCAUUUGCCUUGUGGUGACAAUAGUACAUC